UGUUAUACUGUCUAUAUGCGUGUAGGUGUGUCUGUGUCCGUGCGAGUGAUCUCGUUAUCAGCUUGGCAGUGACGCAAGAUAUUCACUGCACCACUUCAUCGUCGUGUCACCGUGCUCCCGAGCUCCCACCCGCUCAUCACUACGCGGCAUAGCUGGCUGGGUAUGGCACGCAUUUUCGCCGCCCUCUCGUAGACACAACUUUGGGAUAUAAUUCAGUGGAAAAAAAAACGAGGGGAUUUUUAACGUGCUGUGUGUGUAUGUGUGUGUGUGUGUGUGAAUUUCCGCCAUCCAGUGUGCCCCAAACAUCAAGGUAACCAGUACUACUAUCUCGACCACCACCGCUACCCUCAACCACCACCACCACCACCACAACACAGACGCCACCAUGUCGAAAAAGACGAUCAGUGUGCGUAUCACUUCUAUGGACGCUGAGCUUGAGUUCGCGAUCCAGUCCUCCACCACAGGCAAGCAACUCUUCGACCAAGUAGUGCGGACCAUCGGCCUGCGAGAGAUAUGGUAUUUCGGCUUGCAGUUCGUGGACAAGAAGGGCUUCACCACGUGGCUGGUGCUCAACAAAAAGGUACUACAACAAAUCGGGAAGAAGCACGAAAAUACUCUGCAGUUCAAGUUCAGAGCGAAAUUCUUUCCAGAGGAUGUCAGUGAGAUCAUUCAGGACAUAACACUGCGAAUGUUCUACCUACAAGUGAAGAACGCAAUCCUUAGUGACGAUGUGUACUGUCCUCCUGAUGCCGCAGUCCUCCUCGCCUCGUACGCCGUGCAGACCAAGUAUGGAGAUUACGUGCCAGAGUACCACAAGCAAGGUUACCUUGCCAACGAUCGCCUUCUUCCCCAGAGAGUGAUGGAUCAGUUCAACCUGACUAGAGACGCGUGGGAAGAGAAGAUUACGAAAUGGCACAAGGAACAUAAAGGUACUUUGAGAGAGGACGCGAUGAUGGAGUACAUGAAGCUGGCGCAAGACUUGGAUAUGUAUGGCGUGAACUACUUUGAUAUCACCAAUAAGAAGGGCACUGAAGUCUCUCUCGGCAUUGAUGCCUUAGGGAUCAAUGUUUAUGACCCUAAAGACAAACUGACUCCCAAGAUUGGCUUCCCUUGGUCCGAGAUCCGCAACAUCACCUUCCACAACAAAAACUUUAUCAUCAAGCCCACAGAUAAAAAAUCUCCAGACUUUGUCUUCAUUGCCUCCCAUGUACGGGUGAACAAGACCAUCCUGGCACUGUGUAUGGGCAAUCAUGACAUGUAUGUACGUCGCCGCAAGGCUGACACUAUUGAGGUCCAACAGAUGAAGAUGCAGGCACGAGAGGAAAAGGCUGCUAAACUUCUUGCAUCGGAAAAGCUUGCCCGUGAGGUGUCCCUGAGAGAACAAGCAGAACAGCGACAGCAGGAAUAUGAAGAACGCCUCAGGAAAAUGAACAUGGAGGCAAUGGAGAGGCGGAAGGAACUCGACGAGGCACAGAACACAAUCAGGCGCUUAGAAAAACAGCUGGAUGACUUGAAGAGAGCCAAGGAGGAACUGGAGAGGAAACGGACAGAGUUGGAAGUGAUGAUGACACGUCUGCAGGAGGCCAAGGAUCUGGAGGUAGGGGAGAAACUCAGGCUGGAGGAGGAGAUUCGCCAGAAGCAGGAAGAAGUUGAACGUAUUCGGGAUGAGGUUAACGAGAGGGAUGAAGAAGCCAGGAAGCUACAGGAGGAGGUACAGGAGGCUCGACGCAAAGAAGAAGAGGCUACACUAGCUCUACUUCAAGCUUCCACUGCACGCAAAGUAUCCAUCUCUUCCUCCUCAUCAUCAUCAGAAGAAGAGGCAGAACAAAUCAAGAAUGAAGUCAGAAAGAUGUCCGCAACGUAUCAGCAGAGUGCCCACAAUGGGGACAUCGGAAUUGGAGAGAGAAGUUCUGGCUCAUCCAGGAGUGCCACACCUGGACCACCUCUUGUUGCCACUGAAGAUAUUUACAACAGGGAAGCUUCAAGCGUUAAGAGGAUGGAUCUUCUGGAGAAAGUGAAGAAAUCCCUGCAAAGUGAACUCAUUCCUGAGGGGAUGACAACCCUUGACCGCAUCUAUCACCGCAACAUUAACGAUGGCAACACCAAGUACAAGACACUACGGGAAGUUCGCAAAGGAAACACCAAGCGGAGAGUGGAUCAGUUCGAGAACUGGUAAAAUGCAUCAAGUAUAUGUGAGGAAGGAUUACCCAAAUAUUGAUGAUGCCGUGGCACAUAUCUUGUAUAUCCCAUUUUGGUUUAGUAAACUUGUUGUAUAUCGUUGAAAUCCCUUUAGUUGGCAAAUUGUUUUAUUAUUAUGCAAUGCAGACAGAAGCAAUCCACUGACUAGCAUUCCCUUCCCUGUGGUUCUGCCACACACUCAUCCAGUCUUGCUAGCAGUUUUUCAUCCCUAUUAUGUCUUAUUAAUUAUACAACCAUUAAAAUAUUUAAUGUCCUCACAUACCAACUCAUUACGUGCUUAGUGAGCCUCAUACUGACUUUUACCAUAAGUAUGUAGAACUAGGGAGCUGAUUAGUAAUGAAUUUUAAUCCUUUAUGUGGUAUACUUUGUUGAUGGUGUGAGGGAACUGGAUGCUUCCUUAGUAUCCAUCAGUGAGACAAUGUGGUCUAGCCUUUCCUCUUUUAAGGGUAUACCAGCCUGAUAGACUUAAUGCAAUAAUUGGAAUGGUUUUGACAGUGUACAUAGUUUAUGAUAAUUUGGGUUUAGCUUGUAUGUAGCAGCAGUGCAGUAUUCUCUUCCUUGCCUAUUUGCACAUUGAGAGGAGAUGAGUAUGUGAUUCACUCAAUGUUUAGUCUCCAUGGGCAGUGCACCUAUGUUCAGGUUACUUCACCAUCAAUUACAAGAAGAAUGAUGAAUAUUUUGUUAAUUUCCUAGAUUUUUUUUUUUAAAUGAAUUUAGAAAUCUUUUAUGUUGUAGUCUCAUAAAGAUCAUUUGACUA